AUGGAAGUUGACACGGGAAUCGCUCUAGAAGGGCAGAGAGCUACAUCUGAACUCUGUUUGCUUGACGACCGGUUCGCAGAAGCUGGACGAGUCAGAGCAAAGCGCCGUCCCAGUUCAGCAGAGUACGCCAACGCCACUGUGACGACAGGUGCUGCGGAGAGUUCGGGGAGCGCUACAGCUGCCAAGGCUGCGCCGAAGGCGCCGAGCAACCAGCCCACUACGAAGGGCGACGUUGGGAAGGGAACAGAGAAGGGCGUCAGAACGUUCCUUGAGGGAGCAUACUUUGCGAUGCCCAUGGUCGCACCUUCCUUCGUUGAGUCGGGAGAGAAGAUCUAUUGGCUUCUCGACUCUGGGAGCUCGUACCAUGUGGUUUCCCAGGCGACGCUUGAGAGUGGACACGUCAAGGUUUUGUCAAGAAAGAAGCGACCGAAGACUGUGUGCCAGACUGCCACCGGCGACCUGGUGGAAGUGGGAAGCGACACCCACGCGACGAUCGAGGUGAAUUUUCUCACCACUCGACACUUUGAGCAGCGAGGAGGAGUUCUGAGCACCUUUGCGUGCACCUGUCGUCUAGAAGCGGUAGUUAGCAGCGAAAUCAAACACAACCUGAUAAACCUCAACCUCCUCUGUUGGAGAGGCUGGAAGCCUACCCUUUACCGGGGUCUCUUAACAGCGGAACGUAAGGAGGUGACGCUGCUUCCAGCAGUGUUCGGCGACUGCACAUGGCUUCAGAGUGUGAUGGCUGAUUCUUCCGCGAAGCUCACGCUUGCGAGUGUCUCGUCGUCUUGCGGUCUGUCGAGUGGUAGGUCUUUUGAGUUUUCCUCACCUGAGAAACAGCAUGAGCAUGAGUUUUCGCACGAUGAGCAUGAUUUUUCACAGCAUGGGCAUGAUUUUUCACGACAACAGCAUGAAACAACGCAUGUUGAACCGAGUGUUUUGCCACAUGCUUGCGAGGACUCUGUUGGGCAGUUGGUAGGUCAGUCGUCUUGCGACAGCUCAGGAGUGCAGUUGGUAGGUCAAUCGUCUUGCGGCAGCUCAGGAGUGCAGUUGGUAGGUCAAUCGUCUUGCGGCAGCCCUGGAGUGCAGUUGGUAGGUCAGUUGCCUGCUAGAGUGGUAAAGCUUUUGCAAUCGAGUGCCGUGGAUCCAUCUUCUUCACCUUUGCGCUCGGGGACCACAUCUUCCGAUCGAGGCCAGUGGGUGCAGCCAGGUUUUAGUGAUUCUUCAGUGCAGCCAGUUUCUGUAGUGCAACCUGCGUGCAGUGAUUCUGAAGAGCGUGUGCUUGGCCUGAUGAAGGCCAGUGCGAAGAAGGGCUGGACAGGCCGGGCGGAAACAAUGGAGAUAUCCUCCGACGAGGAGGUAGGGGGGCCACCUGCCCCAAAGGCGACUGGGGUGAGCCUCGCGGACCGGGUCAACAGCUUCAGUUGGACCCCUCCUUAUAUUGCCCCAGAGGGGAAGUGGUCAAGCCCUCAGGCCCUGAGCCACAACAACCGCAACUACUGCGAGUACUGCAUGGUCUGCGGGAAACACGCGACGGAGGCUCAUUUAAUGUCCGACAGCCACAAUCACCACAUGAAGUCGUGGAUCGCCAGGAACCGCCCUGGUUUGAGGCUUCUACCGGACAGGCUUAGGCGUUUGGCACAAGCACAGUGA